CGGAGCCGGUGCCGAAGCGCAGCCGCGCGGAGCUGGAGCAGCACGCGGGAGCGCGGCCCCGCAGCGGGCCGGCUCGAGGGAGCAGCGCCGCGACCCGGCCACGAGCGCGACCCGGCCCCGAGAGCAGUCCAGCCCCGAGAGCGAUCCUGCCGGAGCGCGGACCCCGACCCCGAGCGCGGACCCCGGCCCGGAGCGCGGCCUCGCCCGCCUCACCCGCCCCGGCCUCCCGGCCGCGGGCAUGGACGGCGCCCGCUCGCCCUAGAUGGACGGCGAUGGCGGCCGCCGAGACGCCCCCGGCGCGCUGAUGGAGGCCGGGCGCGGCUCGGGGCCCGAGGGCAUGGCGGAGCCGGCGACCGGGCCGAGGGCGCGGGCGGCGCGGCCCGGGCCCCAGCGCUUCCUGCGGCGCAGCGUGGUGGAGUCGGACCAGGAGGAGCCGCCGGGCCUGGAGGCGGCCGAGGCGCCGGGCGCGCAGCCCCCCCAGCCGCUGCAGCGCCGGGUGAUGCUUCUCUGCAAGACGCGCCGCCUCAUCGCCGAGCGCGCCCGUGCCCGCCCCGCAGCCUCUGCCGCCCCCGCGCCCGCCGCGCCGCCCGGAACCCCCGCCGACCCCGGCCCUGAGCCGGCGAGCGCGCAGGACCCCGGCCCGGACCCCGCGCCCGCGCCCGACGGCGGCGCCCGGGACGAGGAGGCCGCGGCCGCGAGGAAGGAGGACGCAGGGACGCCCGAGGCGAAGCCGGAGCCCGGGCGCACACGCCGGGACGAGCCCGAGGAGGAGGAGGACGACGAGGAUGACCUCAAGGCGGUGGCCACCUCCCUGGACGGCCGCUUCCUCAAGUUCGACAUCGAGCUGGGCCGCGGCUCCUUCAAGACGGUUUACAAGGGGCUGGACACGGAGACCUGGGUGGAGGUGGCCUGGUGCGAGCUGCAGGACCGGAAGCUCACCAAGCUAGAGAGGCAGCGGUUCAAGGAGGAGGCCGAGAUGCUGAAGGGGCUGCAGCACCCCAACAUCGUGCGCUUCUACGACUUCUGGGAGUCCAGUGCCAGGGGGAAGCGGUGCAUCGUGCUGGUGACCGAGCUGAUGACCUCAGGGACACUGAAGACGUACCUGAAGAGAUUCAAGGUGAUGAAGCCCAAGGUGCUGCGCAGCUGGUGCCGGCAGAUCCUCAAGGGGCUGCUGUUCCUGCACACGAGGACGCCCCCCAUCAUCCACCGGGACCUCAAGUGUGACAACAUCUUCAUCACUGGGCCCACCGGCUCGGUGAAGAUCGGCGACUUGGGCCUGGCCACCCUCAAGAGAGCGUCUUUUGCCAAGAGUGUGAUUGGUACCCCUGAGUUCAUGGCGCCCGAGAUGUACGAGGAGCACUACGACGAGUCUGUGGACGUCUACGCCUUCGGGAUGUGCAUGCUGGAGAUGGCCACCUCGGAGUACCCCUACUCAGAGUGCCAGAACGCUGCCCAGAUCUACCGCAAGGUCACCUGUGGCAUCAAGCCAGCCAGCUUUGAGAAAGUGCACGAUCCCGAAAUCAAGGAGAUCAUUGGGGAGUGUAUCUGCAAAAACAAGGAGGAGAGGUACGAGAUCAAAGACCUGCUCAGCCAUGCCUUCUUCGCGGAGGACACCGGCGUCAGGGUGGAGCUGGCCGAGGAGGACCACGGCAGGAAGUCCACCAUCGCUCUGCGGCUCUGGGUUGAGGACCCCAAGAAACUGAAGGGCAAGCCCAAGGACAACGGGGCCAUUGAGUUCACCUUUGACCUGGAGAGGGAGACGCCGGACGACGUGGCCCAGGAGAUGAUCGAGUCGGGAUUCUUCCACGAGAGUGACCUGAAGAUCGUGGCCAAGUCCAUCCGUGACCGUGUGGCAUUGAUCCAGUGGCGGCGGGAGAGGAUCUGGCCCGCGCUGCAGCCCAGGGAGCAGCGGGACCCAGGCAGCCCCGACAGGGCCAGGGGCCCACCCGCACCCCUGCAGGUCCAGGUGACCUACCACACGCAGGCUGGGCCGCCGGAGCCCGAGGAGCCCGAGGCCGACCAGCACCUCCUCCCCCCGGCGCUGCCGGCCAGCGCCACCUCCUUGGCCUCCGACAGCACCUUUGACAGCGGCCAGGGCUCCACCGUGUACUCGGACUCGCAGAGCAGCCAGCGCAGCGGGGUGCUGGGCUCGCUGGCCGACGCGGCACCCCCAGCCCCGUGCGUGUGCAGCCCCCCAGUGAGCGCGAGCACCGGCGAUGGUCCCGGCCUGCCCUCCAGCCUGCCUGCGCCGGGGCCCUACCAGCAGCCCGCUGUGCCUGGCCUGUCGGUGGGCUCCAUCCCGCCCCCCACCCGCCCUCCACUCCCACAGCAGCGUUUCCCGGAACCGGCCGUGAGUUUCGCCCCUGUGCCGACGGGCCCAGGCCAGCCCGCACCCCCGAGCCACCAGCCUCCUCCGCUGGCCCAGCCGACGCCCCUGCCGCAGGUCCUGGCACCACAGGGCCCUCUGCAGCCGGUGGCCCCUGUCCUGCCUCCGUACCUGCCUCCGAGCUCCCAGGUGGUGGCCCCCGCUCAGCUGAAGCCCCUCCAGAUGCCGCCGCUGCAGCCUCUGGCUCAAGUCCCUCCACAGAUGCCUCCGCUUCCUGUCAUUCCCCCCGUCGCACCGCUGGCCACCAUCGACAGCCUCCCCACGGCCCUCCCUGACCUGCCGGCCGCCGGUGUGCCGGCCGUGCCUGCCCCCUCUCAGUAUUUCUCUCCGGCUGUCAUCCUGCCAAGCCUCCCGCUCGCCGCCGCCACUGCACCCCUGCCUGCGGCACCGGCCCUGCCUCUGCAGGCAGUCAAACUGCCCCACCCGCCUGGGGCACCGCUGGCUGUGCCGUGCAGGACCAUCGUGCCAAACGUGGCAGCCACCACCGCCGCCAUCCCUCUGCUGGCCGUUGCCCCGCAGGGCGUGGCCGCUCUGUCCAUUCACCCCGCCGUGGCCCAGCUCCCAGCCCAGCCUGUGUACCCCGCGGCCUUUCCGCAGAUGGCGCCUGGUGAUGUCCCGCCUUCCCCCCUCCACACGGUGCAGCACGUGCCGGCUCCUCCUCCGCAGCCGGUGCCCCCCACGCUGCCGCAGGCCCACCAGCCGAGCAUCGCCCGCCUUCCGGAGCAGGCCGCUGUGGCCACCAGUGCCGGGAGCCAGGUGCUGCUUGGCCACCGACCUCCGUAUGCCGUGGAUGUCUCUGCCCAGGUCCCCACGGUGCCCACACCGGCCGCCAUCCUCUCCCCUCCUCUGCCGGAAGUGCUGCCGCCCGCCGCCCCUGAGCUCCUGCCUCAGCUCCCCGGGUCCCUGGCCCCCACGGCAGUGGCGGCUGCUCCAAGCCUGCCUGUCCAGACCACCACGCUUCUGCCGCCUGCUCACCCUCCACUGCCCAGCGGGCCGGGGAUCACUGGCCCCGGCCCUGCUGUCCAGCUGACCGUGGAGCCGGCCCUGGAGGAGCAGGCCUCGCAGGACAAGCAGCCCGGCCUCCUGCAGAGCUGUGAGAGCCUCGGAGGUUCCGAUGUGGCUUCUGGAAGAGAGAUGAGUGAUGGUGGUGAAGGCGCCUUUGGUGGGGGGAAGCUGGAAGGCAGGGCCGCCCGGAAACACCACCGCAGGUCCACGCGUGCGCGCUCCCGCCAGGAGAGGACCAGCCGACCCCGGCUGACCAUCUUGAACGUGUGCAACACGGGGGACAAGAUGGUGGAAUGCCAGCUGGAGACGCACAACCACAGGAUGGUGACGUUCAAGUUUGACCUGGACGGGGAUGCGCCUGAUGAGAUCGCCACCUACAUGGUGGAGCACGACUUCAUCCUGCAGGCCGAGCGGGAGACGUUCAUCGAGCAGAUGAAGGACGUCAUGGACAAGGCAGAAGACAUGCUCAGCGAGGACACGGACGUGGACCGUGGCUCCGACCCUGGGGUGAGCCCGCCCCAUGUCAGCACCUGCGGCCUGGGCGCCGGGGAGGAGAGCCGCCAGUCCCAGGCCGAUGCCCCGGUGUAUCAACAGAACGUCCUGCACACUGGGAAGAGGUGGUUUAUCAUCUGUCCGGUGGCUGAGCACCCAGCGGCAGAGGCCCCCAAAUCCUCGCCCCCACUUCCUCUGAGCUCCCUGCAACCGGAAGCCAGGCAAGAUUCAGCACCCUGUAAAGACCAGCUGUCCUUGAAGGACACACCGGGCUUCCCCGCCGGUCCACAGCUUCUGAGCCAAGCAGGCCCGAGGGACACCCCUGGUGGCGCACCAGCCCCUUUGGUGCCAUCUUCCCCUCCCGUGACUACUGUGCCCCAGGACGCGGCCACACCAACAGCCAGCCCCAAGCCAGUACCAGCAACGGGGUCUGCUGUGCAGGCAGGGGGUCCAGGGACCCUUCAGGGGCUGGCCAGUGAGCGUGAGACCCUUCAGCCUCUGGCAGAGACUCAUGACGCCCAGCCUGCUGCACAGCCCCUUGGCGUGGGCCGAGGGCCUUGCGCCCCACCUCCAGAGGCUCCCCGCCUCCCCACAGGUCUGGGGGAGCCCGCCUCAGCCAGGGAGGCCAGCACCCAGGGGGAGCCCUUGCUGGCUCUGGCCCCUGUGCCCAGCGUGCCCAGUGGAGGCCCUCAGCCCGGCCUGGGCCAGCCCCUACCCCUGCUCCCUGCUGCGGUGGGGGCCGUCAGCCUGGCCCCCACCCAGCUCCCCAGCCCCCCGCUGGGGCCCACCGCUCCGCCACCGCCACCCUCGGCCUUGGAGUCAGACGGGGAGGGCCCGCCCCCCAGGGUAGGCUUUGUGGACAGCACCAUCAAGAGCCUGGACGAGAAGCUGCGGACUCUGCUCUACCAGGAGCACGUGCCCACCUCCUCGGCCUCAGCUGGGACCCCCAUGGAAGCAGGGGACCGAGACUUUGCUCUGGAGCCCCCGAGAGGGGACCGGCCCCAAGUAGAGGCCUCCGGGGGGGACGCAGCUGUUCCGUCCCAGUCUGUGUUGGAAAAGUCAGAAACGGCCCCUGCACGAGGGGCCACGUGGGAGCAGGUGGCGUCUUCACCAAUGACAGCAGAGUCGUCUUUGAGCAGCACGCCGGCUCCGCUGGGCCCUGACAGACGGCUGGUCUCAGAUUUGCCUACCGGGCCCAGUGCCCCCCAGGAUGCCCCUGCUUCUGCCAUCCCUGCACGUCUGCGGCCCACAGACCGGAGCGGCAGAGUCCUCGGGGAAACCUCAGCUGAGCCCAUGCAGAGCUGCUUGGGCACGAUGGCAGAGGGCGGCCAGGCCAGCCACCCCCAGACGCAUGGUGCCCUGGCCUCGGGGUCCCCUCAAAAGUGGCCAGUGCAGCAGGAUGGCAGCUCGCCAGCCAAAACCGUGGGCCGGUUCUCAGUGGUCAGCACCCAGGACGAGUGGACCCUGGCCUCCCCGCACAGCCUGCGGUACUCAGCCCCGCCCGAUGUGUACCUGGACGAGGCCCCCCACAGCCCCGAUGUGAAGCUGGCCGUGCGGCGGGCGCAGACGGCCUCCUCCAUUGAGGUCGGCGCGGGUGAGCCUGUGUCCAGUGACUCCGGGGAUGAAUGCCCACGCAGGAGGCCCCCUGUGCAGGAGCACGCCUCCCUUCCUGGCAGCACGGGUGGCAUGGCCAGUGACUUCAUGAAGAAGGCCACCGCCUUCCUGCAUAGGUCCUCACGGGCUGACUCCCCAGGCCCCGAGACACCCAGCAGGACGGGUGUGAAGGUCCCCACCAUCAGCGUGACCUCCUUCCACUCCCAGUCGUCCUACAUCAGCAGUGACAACGACUCAGAGAUCGAGGAUGCUGACAUCAGGAAGGAGCUGCAGAGUCUGCGAGAGAAGCACCUGAAGGAGAUCUCGGAGCUGCAGAGCCAGCAGAAGCAGGAGAUCGAGGCCCUGUACCGCCGCCUGGGGAAGCCGCUGCCCCCCAACCUGGGCCUCUUCCACACGGCGCCCCCUGCCGGCCGCCGGAGAAAGACCAGCAAGAGCAAGCUGAAGGCAGGAAAGCUGCUGAACCCACUGGUGCAGCAGCUCAAGGUCGUGGCCUCCAGCACAGGUCACUUGUCAGAGUGCAGCAGAGCCCCGCCUGCUAAGGACCCUGCCCAUGCCGGGGCGGGGCCCGCGGCGGCUCCACACCCGAGUGGGAAGGCAGUUCAGACCCAGCAGCCCUGCUCCGUGCGGGCCUCCCUGUCUGCGGACUUCUGCUCCGGCUUAGCCAGUGACGGAGGCGGAGCGCACGGCCCAGGCUGGACGGUUUCCCACCCAACGUCUGAGAGAGUGACCUAUAAGUCUAGUAGCAAACCUCGCGCUCGAUUCCUCAGUGGACCCGUGUCUGUGUCCAUCUGGUCUGCCUUGAAGCGUCUCUGUCUAGGCAAAGAGCACAGCAGUCGGUCCUCCACCAGCAGCCUGGUCCCGGGCCCUGAGCCGGGCCCCCAGCCAGCCCUGCACGUCCAGGCACAGGUGAACAACAGCAACAAUAAGAAGGGCACCUUCACGGAUGACCUGCACAAGCUGGUGGACGAGUGGACGAGCAAGACGGCUGGGGCCACGCAGCUGAAGCCGUCGCUCAACCAGCUGAAGCAGACGCAGAAGCUGCACGAUAUGGAGGCCCCGGCAGGCCGGCCGCUGGCCCCCGGCGAGGCACGGGCUAUGAACACGCCUCGAGCAGCAGUGGGGACGCCGUGUCUGGCCCCGGCGCCCGGCCCUCUGCCCACCGCUGUCAUUCCCGGAGCCACCCCAGCUCUGCCUGUGCCCAUGCCAGAUUCUGAGAGUGAGAAGCCCGACUGAGCCCAGGCAGGCGGACCCACCCGACGCCAAGCCCCAUGUCGUCUCCUGGAGAAGCCGCGCCCUCACCUCGUGUCCGGUUCACGCUGUUUUGUAACCACUUUCUAAGCAUUUUUUAUUCACAAUUGGAAACACAAAUGUAACACAAGA